AUGGAUUCCUUAAGGGAUAGUGAUGAAGAGGACAGCAUAGAAAAACCUCUUCAGUCUCAUGAAGCCUAUUUAUGUCAGGGCUUGAAACAACUAUACCAGGCCCAGCAACUAUGUGAUGUCACCUUAGGGGUUGAAGGAAGGAGAUUUCCUUGCCAUAGGAUGCUAUUGGCAUCAGUCAGUCCUUACUUCAGAGAUAUCUUCAUCAAUUCCAGCGAGUCACAAAAUGGGGAGAUCCAACUCGAGGACAUGGCCGCCUCCACACUCCACUGCCUGCUGGAAUAUCUCUACACAGAAGAGCUGUCACUCACAGCAGACAUUGCCCAGGAACUUUUUACUGCAGCUAGCAAGCUCCAGAUCCUUCCACUGAAAGAAACAGCUGGAAGGUUUCUUGAGAUGAACAUCUCCAUGAACAACUGCCUCAGCCUUUAUGGUCUGGCUUAUCAACACAACCAUCAAGCUCUGCUCGAAGCAGCCUCAUGCUACAUCAAGCAACACUUUGCACCUCUUGCUAAGCAGGAUGUCUUUCUGAGUCUAGAACACAAGGCUUUAACCAGCCUCAUCUCCUCAGAUAGCUUGGAAGUGCCCUCUGAACUGGUCGUCUACAAAGCUGUGCGCAACUGGAUGGAGUCUGCAGCCUCUGUGCGUCUCCCGCUGUUCAAGGAGCUCCUUGGACAUGUCCGCUUCCCACUGCUCACCCACGAAGAGCUCGUUGAUGUCCAGGCAGACAUCGCAGAGUAUUACAGGCAUGUGCGUCUGAGGUGGAAGGAGCUGGAUGGGGCAGGGAGGCUGGAAGAGAGCAGGGGACUCAGAAAGGGUAUGUACGAUGACUGCUUUGUUUGUGUGGAGGUCAAUGAAAACAGGACCCAGGAUGGAGAUGACCCAGAAUCUUACCUACACUGUUUUGAUCCUCACACAGAGAAGUGGGAGAAGUUGCCACCGUUGAAGUACUUGAGCUACUCUGGAUGCACAUCCAUGGACUGCAAGCUUUACUUGUCAGGAGGUCAGAAGGACAACUGCUCUUUUGUCAACACUCUGCAUGAGUACAAUUCCUUGACCGGCCAAUGGACACAGCUCCCAUCCAUGUCCACUGCCCGGGCAGUCCACCCCUUUCUAGUCUGCAACAAGAAACUCUAUGCUGUUGGAGGUUGCAGUGAGGCAGGUCCUCUCUCUUCUGCUGAGGCCUUCAGCGUGAUGCAGAAUACAUGGGCCCCUAUCUCUAACCUGCCCCUCGCCUUGAUGUACCCUGCUUCAACUGUGCUGAAGAAUAAGCUUUACCUCAUAGGAGGGAAAGCUUCCAGGAGCUACAGGGGGCUUCUUAUCUAUGAUACAAAUGCUGACUGGUGGACUGAAGUACCCAUGGAGUUUGCCUGUUAUGGAGCAGCUGCUCUCUCGGUCAGUACCGGGAUAUAUGUUUUUGGUGGAUACACUGAGGAAAGGGGAAAUUAUCAGGUCCACAGUGCGAUGGCCACUGAGGAGGUCCCUUGCUGCACCAAAGGGAGCUUUUACCUCUAUGAGAAUGGCAGAGUGAGCUGGGAAGUCAAUAUCCCAGAGCUGCCAGCAGCCUUGGCCUUUGCUUGUGCAGUGGAGUGGCAAGGUAAGCUUUACCUGUUAGCAGGCAAAGACGAAAAUCAUCCGUACAACACAAUUUACAGCUGGGUACCAGAGGACACAAGCUGGACUCGGUGCCCCGAGGAAAUCCCCCCAAUGUUUUCCCAGGUGAGAAUAUUCAGCUGUGCAGCCCUGAAGGUGCCAAAUAAGCCGAUCCGGUUCCUUCUCCUUGACACAGCAAUGACCCCAGCUGUGGCCGGGGUGGAUGAUGUCAGGAAGGGGCAGCUGAGCUCUGCUGCUCGAGAGGGCUGCAGCCUUAACUGCUGUUGGGGUGGAAGAUAA